GCCAGUCUCCCAGUGCCCACACCCUCUGUGCCUGCCCAGAUGGCACAAUCGCAUUCACUUUGCAUCAGAGCGAGGAGACACCAUGACCUCCACCCUCAUCGCAGUGCUUUUCAUUGGGCUGAGUGUGGACCUCAGAACCCCAGUGCAGUCAGUGCCCCUCCCCAAACCUACCCUCUGGGCUGAGCCAGGUUCUGUGAUCCCCUGGGGGAGCCCUGUGACCAUCUGUUGUCAGGGGACCCUAGAAGCUGAGGAGUACCUUCUAUAUAAAGAGGGAACCCCAGUGCCAUUGGACAGAGUGAAGCCACUGGAGCCCGGGGACAAGGCCAAGUUCUCCAUCACACACAUGACAGAGCUACAGGCAGGGAGAUAUCGCUGUCACUAUUACAGCCCUGAUGGCAGGUCAGAGCGCAGUGACCCCCUGGAGCUGGUGGUGACAGGAGCCUACAGCAAACCCAGCCUCUCAGCCCUGCCCAGUCCUGUGGUGACCUCAGGAGGAAACGUGACCCUCCAGUGUAGCUCAAGGCAGGGAUUUGACUGGUUCCUUCUGACUAAGGAAGGAGACCACAGGCUCUACAGGACCCUGGACUCACAGCCACAGCCCAGUGGGCAGUUCCAGGCCCUGUUGCCUGUGGGCCCCGUGACCCCCACACAUAGGUGGAAGUUCAGAUGCUAUGGCUGUUACAGGAAUAGGCCCCAGGUGUGGUCACCAGCCAGUGACCCCCUGCAGCUCCUGGUUUCAGGUGAGUCUGGGAAGCCCUCCCUCCUGAGCCAGCAGGGCCCCAUCGUGGCCUCUGGACAGAACCUGACCCUCCAGUGUUGCUCUGAUGUCGGCUAUGACAGAUUCGCUCUGCACAAGGAGGGGGGACGGGACCUCCCCCAGAGCCUUGUCCUGCAUCCCCAGGCUGGGCUCUCUCAGGCCCACUUCCCCCUGGACACUGUGAGCAGCUCCCAUGGGGGCAGGUACAGAUGCUACGGUGGAUACAACCUCUCCUCUGAGUGGUCGGCCCCCAGUGACCCCUUGAACAUCCUGGUGGCAGGACAACUGCCUGACAGACCCUCCCUCGCGAUGGUCAUGCAUUCAGGAGCCUGGGUGGCCUCAGGAGUGAACGUGACCCUUCUGUGUCAGUCACAGAGCCCGAGGGACAUGUUUCUUCUUUCCAAGGAGGAGGCAGCCGAUCCCCCCCUGCGUCUGAGAUCAAAGCACCAAGCUCAACAGUUCCAGGCAGAGUUCUCCAUGAGUCCUGUGACCUCAGCCCUCGGGGGCACCUACAGGUGCUACAGCUCACGCAGCUCCUUCCCCUUCCUGCUGUCAUUGCCCAGUGAGCCCCUAAAGCUCCUGGUUUCAGGAGCAGCCGACACCAUCAGCCCCUCACAGAACAACUCAUACCCCAAGAGUGCCUCUGACCCACAAGACUACACUGUGGAGAAUUCCAUCCGGUUGGCCGUGGCUGGAUUGGUCCUGGUGCUGCUGGGGGUGCUGCUCUAUCAGGCCUGAAACAGCCAGAGAAGGACCCAGGAUACAGACAGGACGUGAACACAGAGGGAACUAUUCCCUCUUCAGAGAGGGGGAGCCUUGGAAGUGAAUCUCAUGUGCCCAGAAGGUUCUGGAAGAUAACGUGGGACAUAUGCUGAGGGACCUGUCUGCGGCUCCUUGCAGGUGGAGGAGUCAUUGCUCAUGUGCAGGGACUAGGUCUGGACCUUCUUCCCUUGAACUGUGGUCCUUUCCCUCCCGACCACUGUGAGUCCUGUGACUGGUUCCUGACUUUCCUCAUUUUGGUGAAAUUUGCAUUAAUUCCACUUGGCAGGAACAGGUCCACACCUCCAUACACUUUCAUGGAAUGUUUUCCUUUAUUUCUAACCACAUGAACCUUGAUGUCUGUAUGAAGUCCCCAUCUCCUGAGUCCAGAGAAUGCUCUCUAUUGUAAUCUACAAGGGGCACAAUUCAUCCUGUAAGAGAUAAACCCACAGGAGGCCCUAACGCCCUCUCUGGACUCCACACGCCCUUCCCUGGCCAUCGGAUGCCACCUGUGUGCUUUCUGCAGCAACCUCACUCAUUGGAAUCAAGACCUGGUGGUUUG